CGUCCAGGGGUUAGGGUUGGCGCUGCACGCUACCCGUUUGGCGGUGAUUUGCAGCCACGUUUAGUUCCGGAGACCGUUAAAGAUUUUCUUUCUCCCGCGGAGAAAUGGCCUGCAGUUCAACACACAUUUACUGAACGUGUGUUGGUUUCAAACUCCUGGGGUAAAGGUGUGGGGGAUGCAGCAAGGAAGAGAAGACGGCGCCUGGAGUUGUCACUUGAUGAACUCGUUGUCCGUUUAUGCCCAGGGGCUAUAUACAGUUGUCCUACAGGGUAAAAAGUAUUUCAGUGGAGGAAGCAGCGUCAACAGUGCUUAGAUUAGUGCUUCUUAGAGCUGAACCAAAGACCAUAAUUCAAAUGGGAAGCUUUGUCUACCAUACUCUCUUUAUUGAUGGAAUCACUUACCUAUGUGCUUCAGACAAUGCCCUGGAUACUGUAACACCAUCUGCAUUUCUCAAAAAUGUCAGUGAUACUUUCCUGAGAAAUCCUUUGAUGUCACAAGAACAUUUUUCUCCUUCAAAUGCAGUUGCUGCAGAUUUUCAACAAGUAUUAGGAAAGUAUAUGGUAAAAUACAAUAAAAAUCAAGAUAACAGCUCUAUAUCCACACUGAGGAGUCAAGUAACUGAUGUAAAAAAUGUUAUGACCCAAAAUAUUGACAAAAUUUUGGAAAGCGAAGAAAGAUUGAAUAUCUUCCCUGAUAGAACAGAUGAUCUUCAAACAACUGCCAAAGAACCCCAAAAAACAAGAAAGAUUCUUAGGAGGAUAUGGUGGAAACACUUCAAAAAGAUUAUAAUCAUCACUGUGGCAGUUCUCCUUUCAAUCAUCGUCAUUCUUUUAACUACAAAUGUAAUACCAACCUGACCCUUCUCCCCAUCCCCAGCAGAUAAGAAAACUGAAGCACAAGUUUUGUCACUUGCCUGAGUCCUCUGGGCUCCUAAGAGGAAAGAGGAUCAACAAAUGAAGACACUGCCUGCUGUGGGGGUGCAGAAGGUGGACUAGACCUUGGAGUUCAAUCAUGCAAUCAUUCAUUCGUUAAAUGGCCUGCAGCAGAGCUCAGCCUCUGGCUCUCUUCAUUUCCCACUCUCCAUGGUGCUUUUAUUCACUCCCAUGACGUUGCCUUCUCCAGCAAUAACCUCUUCUGCAUUCCAAACCAUUUUCCAACUCUCUAUUGAAUAUACCCAUUUGGAUAUCAUGCAAACACAUCAAAUUUUAAAUCCCAAAACUCAAUUGAAUAUUCCUCCUCCUUUCCCCACAAAACUGCUUAUUUGACCUUAUUUCCUGUCUCUAUAAAGGGGAUCACAGCUAUUCUAUAAUCCAGAACUGUUUUAGCCGGCCUU